AACAUAUUCUCGUCUCUUGUCGUCUCCCUUCCUCGUUGACUGGCCGUUUGCCGGAAGACUUACCGCCGUUCGCUUUUGUAAUUUUCAGUCGUCUUCCUUUCUAGUUGCCGUUGGAUCGUCUUGUAUCAUCGACGCUUCAGACCUCUUUGUCAUCGCGUAGGCAGACUGUAGAGACAUUACAUAUGGAAUCUUGAGAUUGAGGCACAAGUAAGGAAAGUGUGGGAUCUAAAAGCUUCAGAACGCACUAUUUACUUUUUGAGUUUCAGAGGUUGUUGGGAAGGGUGAAGGCUCCCCAACCCAUAACUCAUAAUGGUUGAACUCCAUGAGAUUUCAGAAGGAUCUUCAUCUUCUUCAUCAACUCAUGGUCGUGGAUAUGACGUAUUUUUAAGUUUCAGAGGUGUUGACACUCGUAAUAGUUUCACUAAUCACCUUUAUAAUGCUCUCAUUCAUGCCAACAUCACUACCUUCUUAGAUGAUGAAGAGAUUGAAACAGGGGAAGAUCUGAAACCAGAAUUGGAGAGUGCAAUUAAAUCAUCCAAGGCUUCUGUUGUUGUGUUGUCCAGGAACUAUGCUACUUCCACAUGGUGUCUUGAUGAACUGGUGCUGAUCCUUGAGCAACGUAGGACAUCCAAACAUCUUGUAAUUCCCAUCUUUUAUCAUGUGGAGCCCACCCAUAUCAGGAAACAACAAAGUAGCUUUGGAGAUGCAAUGGAUAAGCAUAGACAAAAGAUGGAGGCAGAGACAGAUGAAAAUAAAAAAAUUCAAUGGGCUCAAAAGAUGGACAGAUGGAAUAAGGCACUUAUAGAAGUUGCUGAUUUAAAAGGGAAGGAUGCAAAUGACAGGAUAGAGGUGGAGCUUAUUGAUGAAAUUGUCAACGACAUCUUCCGUAAAUUACGAAUACCCUCAAGGUUUCCACUGCCACAACUUAUUGGGAUGGACAAUUCCAUUGAAUUCGUCACUUCAUGGUUGAAAGAUGCAUCUUCACAUACAACAAAUCUACUCGCUAUAUUGGGUCUGGGUGGGAUGGGGAAGACGUCUUUAGCCAAAUAUGUCUAUGCAUUACAUUUUCAUGAAUUUGACACAAGCAGUUUCAUUGAAAAUAUCACUGGGAGAUGUGAUGAAAAAUCUAAUGGGAUUCUUGAUAUACAAAAACAACUCUAUGAUGACAUUUUAAAACGAAGUUCAGUUCAAGUUCAUGAUGUUUCUACAUACACCUCAAUGAUAGAGAAUGCAGUAGCUCAUAAAAAAGUGUUUCUAGUUCUAGAUGAUAUUGGUAGUCCUGACCAAUUAGAUGCAUUACUUGGAAGCAAAGGUUUUCAUCCCGGAACCAAAAUCAUGAUAACAACAAAAAAUGCCUGGUUGACAAAGAGUUGUGCACUUUUCAAAAGGAACAUUAAACCCGAGUAUGUGGAGCACAAGCUUGAAGGCUUAUCUAUGAUUGAAUCACAAAAACUGUUGUGUUAUCAUGCAUUUAUGUGCAAUGAUCCCAAGGUAGGUUACGAAGAGGUGUCAGAAAAGCUAGUAAAGUAUUGUGAAGGACAUCCAAUGGCUCUUAAAGUUUUGGGUAGGUCUCUACACAAUCGUGAUGUAACUUAUUGGGAGGGGUACACAGAUGAACUAAAGAAAGAAAACUUUCCCCCUAUAAGUAAUGCAUUGAGAAUGAGCUUUAACUCUUUGCCAUUAAAAAAUGAUAAGGACUUGUUUAAGCAUAUCGCUUGUUUUUUUGUUGGAAUGGAUAAAGAUGUUACCGAAACAAUAUUAAAGGCAUGUGAUAUAGAAACCAGAUCCGGGAUCACAAAUCUUAUUGACAGAUGUCUUCUUAGUUACGAAUGGAAUAAUGAAUUGAUGAUGCAUCAGUUGGUUCAAGAGAUGGGAAGAUUCUUAAUACGUGAAGAAUCACCUGACAAGCCUGGGGAACGAAGUAGAUUAUGGUGUCAUGAGGAGACAUUCAAAGUGUUGAAACAAAAAAAGGGUACAGAAAAUGUUCUAGGCCUCACCCUUGACAUGAGAAUGCUUGUGAAAGAGAACUAUCCACAACGAUUUCAUAGGAGGCUAAUGCAAUGGAUUGGAUCGUUCUCAAAAGACAAAUGGCGUGUGGGAACUGCGACAAUCUUCGGAGAAAAGGAAGAAUUUGAAAUCCAGAUGUAUUAUGAAUUUGGAAUAUUCAGCACACUUUAUGAAGGCGAAGAGUUGCCGAGUUGGAUUACGGAUAGAAGCACAUGGCCAUCAGAGAAGGCGCCGAUGACAAAGAUAAGUUGUACUUCAAAGCUUUGUCUCAUAGGAAGUCUGGCUUACCAGAGGAUGGCACCUAAGGUGGUAAAUAUGAUGAAAAUGGUACAAAAAGAUGCAAAAAGAAGUUCAAGGAAUUACACGAAGAGAAAUCAAGAUUGAAAACAAAAAAAAAUUUGAAGAUGUUCGGGUUUGGAAAGACGAGAAAACAAAAUAAAAAAAUGAAAAAUUGUAUUUUUAAAAUAAUUAUAAUUUAAUUAAAAUGAUUUAUUUAGGAAAUAAUAAUUUUAUUAUUUUCUAAAUAAUUUAAUUUAAUUAAAUGUAUUUUUAAUAAAAUCAAAUUAAAAAUAAUGUAUAAAAAUCAUGUUUUUUUUAAUAAAAAUAAAAAAAAAGAAUUUAAAUUAAUUAAUGAGGUUUAAUUAAAAUAAAUUAUUGGGAGUUAAUUAUUUAAUUUCUAAAUAAUUUAUAUUAAUUAAAUUAAUUUAAUUUAAUUUAAAUUGAAAAGAAAAAAAAAAUAGAAAAGACAAAAAAAUCGGAGCCCAAACCCGGAGCAGAAGCCCAAACCCGGAGCCCAGAUUUCAAAUCUCGCGACCCGGAUCCGAAGAUCCGAGACCCGAUCCGCCCCGCCCCCGCAACCAGAUCCCCUCACAGAAAGAUCCGAACUUACCGAUCCAUACCCGGCUCCGACCCGGGUUGGAUCCGCGCUUUUAUCCGGAUAUGACGUCAUCCGUGACGUCACCUGAUCCGAUCCGCAUCCGACUUCGAUCCAGCUCCGACCCGACCCGCGAUCCGUUUCGUCUCACAGAAGAUCCGCGCCUCGACCCGCCUGCCGACCCGGGUUCCGACCCGAUCUGGAUCCGCGAGAAUUAGCCCUAAACGACGUCGUUUUGAUGCCAGCUCCAAGUACUUGUGCCAUGUGCUGAACCUACGGGUUUUCCUAUCUUUUAAACACUUUCCAACCAAUUUUAACCACUUUUUCACCACUUUUCCUAUUUUAAACCCAAAUUCUUCCCCAACAAAACCCAAUAAUUCCAUCUUUUUAAUUCUUUUGAAUUUUUUUUCAUGAGAUUUAGAUUGGAUCUUAGAUCCAAUCUAAAAGCUUAAUAUUCCUAGCUUUAUUUCAUUCUUUUUGAUAUUUAAUUUUCCAAAAAUUCACUAUAAAUACCACCCCAAAAUCACCAUUUCAACACACCAUCUUACAUUCUUACACACCUCAUAUACCUCUUAUACCUCUUAUACCAACCUACUUUCAUACCACCACCUUCUUUAGGAAAUUUCUAUAUUUUUUUGGAAGCAUUUUAGUCUUCCAAAUUCCUUUCUUUUUCAAAGAAUUCAAGCCAUCAAAGAUUCAAGACUUUUCAAGAUUCAAGAUCAAGACAUCAAGAAUUCAAGAAUACAAAUAUGAGUUUGUAUAAGUCUACAAUGCGCGGCUAAAUCCUCCCGUGAUCGCAACCGGGAGUAGGUUUUAAUUCUUACUUAUUGUAUUAUUUUUGGGUGUGAACAUUUGAAUUUGUUGAAUAUUAUUUGUGGAU